AUGAUUGAACCUAUUUUUGUAUGGAACAUUAGGGGUGUUGGGACUUCUAAAGUUAGAUUAAAAAAGUUGAUUGGUAAGUUGAAACCGAAAAUAGUUGCCCUUUUGGAGCCUUUCCAAAAAUUGGAAGUUGCUAGGCGAUUGGCACUGUCUCUACAUUUUGAUAAUUUCUUAUCAAAUGAGGUUGAGGGGGGGAAAGUUUGGAUUUUCUGGGAUGGCUCAAUGAAGGUGAAUCUGAUUCGUAUGGGAGAACAAUUCAUUUCUCUCAGAGUGGGUGAAGGGUUUGAGAAGUUUUUAUUAACUGUGAUUUACGCUAAAUGCACAAGGGAUGAUUGGCGCAUAUUGUGGGAUGAACUCAGUGCCCAGUAUGUGGGCUUAGACUCGUGUAUUUUUGUUGGGGAUUUCAACAUAAUUCGGAAUGACUCAGAGUGGCAUAGGGGUAGGCCACGACCACUUGGAGCUAUGGAGGAUUUUAAUAACUGGAUUCAACAGGGGGGUUUGAUUGAAAUGGCUUCACAGGGAACUGCAUUCUCUUGGUGUAAUGGUCAGCAUGGCCUUGCUCGCUCUUGGGCACGGUUGGACUGUGUGUUGCUUGAUGUAUCCUUCCUCUCAGUUUUUCCUAAUGUUAUUUAUUCCUACUUGCCACGUUCUGCUUCGGAUCAUGCUCCUAUGUGUAUUGAAUUCAAGCAAGACCUUUUCUCCUAUGGUCCAGCCCCUUUUCUGUUCUAA